AGUAGUUCUGAGCUCGGCCAUACGCGGAACCGGGGGCGGCGUAUCUCUGAAAAAAACGUGUUCUAUUAAUCUAUUAUAAUAAUAAUACGUUUUUAUAGUACGUUUCACGUUAAUAGGCAAUAUAAUAAUCCUCUAUUAUAUCCUUUCGAUUUGGCAUUUUAUUAUUUUUUUGACACUGGGUUAAGCACGAUCAACAUUCUUUUGAGUUUACAUACAAAUAUAUGGAAUUAGGAACCUAACUUAUUACUAUAAUAUGGAAAGAUGAAUAAAAAACCAAAAAGAAAUAUCAACUCGAUUACAAGACGUAGAAUUCGUUCUAAGAAAAUUAUAAAUUUUAACAAAUGGUUUAAGAAAGAACACGAUUACUGUUUGCCAUAUGAAACUAAUGAUGAAAUAAUUGAUGAGAAAAAAGAUUAUGACGAACUAAAUAAGUCGUUAGAUAUAGAUUCCGCUCUUUCAAAUAAAUCUAAAAACACAUAUUUAAAAAAGAUAAAUGUUAAUAACAAGCUAUCAAGUUGCAGUUUAUAUGCCAUAGAUUUAACAACCGAGUUACUUAAAGAUGCUUUGUUAGAAAAUCAGAAGAAACAAAAUCACGAUCUUUCAUCAAAAACUAAGGAUGUAAAUAGUUCUACGAAACAAAAUAUGAUUAAAUCUGAUAUUGAAAAACCCAAUAUCAUACAACAUAUAAAACUAGAAAAUGAGAAUAUUCUUCAUACGGUCGAUGAAAGAAACCAAGAUUUAUAUUUAUUUGACCAAUGUACACCUACAAAAUUACUGUUAGAAAAUGAUAUAAGUGGAUCUCCAAUGGAAAUUGAUGAAUUGGGCAGACUGUUUCCAAUUCUCGAUUAUCAAAGUGAACACUGUUUAAAAGAAAAAUUGGACGAUAAUGAAUUGUACAAUACCAGUUCUAAUCAACAUGCAAGCCAAUCUGAAAUCAAACCUCAAAAGGACUCUGAAAUUUGUACAGUAUAUGACGUUCAUCCUAGUUCACCGAGUCCAUUAUUUGAAACUAAUAAUAGAGUCGCCAAAAGUUGUAUUAAUGUUAGCAAACCUGCUGUUCAUAAUAACUUACCCUCACCCACUAGACCGGCAUUAAUUCGAUCUCCUUCUCGGCAGUAUUUGAAUAUAUUUAAUCGAUAUCAAGGGCGUACCAAAGAAUAUUUUGUUGAACAAACUGAAGAUCCUAGUACUGUACUUCUGAAGGACCUUUUAUGCGGUUCCAAGCCAAAAACAAUCAUUAGUCCAUACACUCAUCGAUAUUUGAAGCCUUAUAUCUUUAAAGAUCCAGACACCAAACCCUUAUGGUUGCAAAUGCUCAAGGAUAUAAGAAAAAACUACAAAAUUAAAAACAAAUUGCCUGUCGGUACAGAAACUGAAACAAUUGACUAUAGCUAUGUACGAGCAAAACAUAUUAAUUCUGUUAACUUAUUAGCGAGGGAACAUUUUUGGCCUGGUAUUGACAUGACUGACAGUCUGCUAUACCCGGAUUUUAGUGUCGUCGCACUGUACAAGAACUUAGUUGUCGGGUUUGGUUUUAUGGUACCUGAUAUAAGUACCAAUGAAAAUUAUAUAACAUUUUUAUUCACACGUCCACACUGGACAAAUUGCGGUAUUGCUACAUUUAUGUUAUACCAUUUAAUUCAGACUUGUAUGACAAGAGAUAUUACUUUGCAUGUAUCUCCUACUAACUCUGCAUUAUUUCUCUAUCAAAAAUUUGGAUUCAAAAUAGAAGAAUUUGUCCAGAAUUUUUAUGACAAAUAUAUACCAGGAGAAUCUAAUAUGUCAAAACAUGCUUUGUUUUUACGCUUACGUAGUACUUUACGAAGUAAAUAAUUGUUUCAUAAACUCUAAUCAAAGAGUA